UUAAUUAUUUAACCCGCGAACACGCUGGCUGAUGAGAAGGGCUUGCGUUAGAUGAGAAGUUCCUAGUCAGCUCGAUCAAGCCUUUGAGUAAGAACCGUGCGCGUUACGUGCGCGCGUGUGAGUAUAUACGAGUGUGCUUUGUCACCAAUCAAAAGUCAGUGACAGCUUGAGGAACUUCGAGUAAGCAGGGGUACGAAGAAAUGCGAAUAUAUUUACUUGUUCUCACUAUUUUCUGGCCGGCUGCAGGCGGAAUACUUGGUCAUGCUUAUGUCGCAGACAGGAGUAAUUAUUACCCGACAGAAGAAUCGUGGCAAAAUGUCACAUAUGCAGGGCACCAAGUGUGGAAGAUCCUGCCUAAAAAUACCAGCACAUUCGACUAUUUCGUCAAAGUUGGUCGAAAGCAUAAGCUGGAUUUCUGGAAGUUACCAACAGAGUUUGACGACAGCUUUCAUAUACGGGUAAGCCCAGAACAAAGGCGAAUCGUGAAAAUUGCAUUGGACGAAACAAAAACUCCAUUCAACAUCCUCAUUGAUGACGUAGAUAAGUUAAUCAAAGAAGAUAUGGAAGGGGUUCAUACGAGAGCAAAACGUGGAGCCAAUCGUUUCCGGCUUAAUAGCUACCAAUCAACACAACAGAUCUACAAAUUCCUGGAAACUACGUGCUCUAAGACUAAAUACUAUUGUCGCGUCUUCAACAUUGGCCGUUCGUCAGAAGGGCGAGACAUCAAAUUGAUACACCUAUCGUAUAAAAAGCGGAGUCAAAGGAUGGGAAUUCUUAUUGACGCUGGUAUGCAUGGUCGAGAAUGGGUUUCGAUUUCAGUUAUCCUGCAUUUUAUUAAUCAGUUGGCCAUCAAUCCGGAAAACAGUAAGGACAAUAAAAAUAUGCUGAGUAACUUCAACUGGUACUUCAUACCCAUUCUUAACCCAGACGGCUAUGAGUAUACUCGGUCUAGGGAUCGUCUCUGGAGAAAGACUCGCUCGCGUUCACCGAAUUACAAUCACUGUAUUGGAGUUGAUAUCAACAGGAAUUUCCCAAACCAUUGGAAUGAGGAUGGAUCCAGUAGCGACCCGUGCAGUGUGGAAUAUUCUGGACCAACAGCCCUCUCUGAACCGGAGACCAUGGCCUUAGCUAACGCCAUGAGAAUGAGACAAGGUGAAUUGAUAGCUUAUAUCAGUCUACACGCAUAUGGACAAUUAUGGAUUUACCCAUGGGGCUACAAGAUGGAAGAACCCACUGAUGUGGAUGAUCUGAACCGUCUGGCCCUUCGAGCUACCAACGCCAUUCGUCAUUAUUCCAACACCCGUUACCAGGUUGGUUCGUCGGCACGUAUUCUAUAUAUUGCAAGUGGUGCUUCAGAUGACUAUGCCAAAGCGAACCAUGGCAUCAAAUAUGCUUACACUGUUGAAUUACGUGAUCUUGGACAUUAUGGUUUCUUGCUUCCACGGAAACUCAUACCAAAAACCUGUCAGGAGACAUUCGUCGGGCUGAAAGCUUUUGCUCAGGGUCUUUCUAAAAAGUCACGGCGACAACGUAAACGAAGAACAAAGAGACGGCGGAGAUCUCGUAGACGUCGCGCAUAACCACUCGACCUCUUCUGGAGAACAUAUCAGAACAAACAUCGUUUCAAGAUAUCCCCAUCUGUAAUAUCUGUUAUUUCUUCUAAUGCUGGUUGUAGUUUCUGUCUUUGCACUGGUCUCAAAUAGAAAUAAAUAUUUCUUUAGUCGAUUA